CUCUCUUCUUCUUCUCCACGGAGGCAUUCAUUCGCUUAUCCCAAUUCCCAAUAGUAAACGAUAACAACAACACUCUGAUCAAAUUCGAACUGUUGAUAAUGGUGGAAUGUUCUAAUUUCUAAGAUUUGGUGCAUAAUUUACAGUGAAAAGUAUAUUUGUAUCAUUGUGUAGUACACAAUUGUUGAAUCAUGCCAGGUUUGGUAUCAGUGAAGACGCCACCGGAAGUUCCACCUUUACGAAUUGCAGUUUCCGAUGACAGUCAUCAGAUCGGCUCUGCUUCCGAGAGAUCUGAAUCAUUGAACACGAAAUCUGCAUCACCGAUGCCUAGAAGACCUGCAUCGCCUUCUCCAUCGACUUCUCGUGCAAAACCGUCGCCGGAUCGUGGAUCGGGGAAGAAGAAAUCGCCUGAGAAGCCUUUAAUCGAUGAAACAUCGCUUGAUAAUCCUGACCUUGGACCGUUUCUGUUAAAACUUGCGCGUGAUACGAUUGCGUCAGGUGAUGGACCGAGUAAGGCGUUGGAUUAUGCAUUGCGAGCGGCGAGGUCGUUUGAGAGGUGUACAGUUGAUGGUGAGCCGAGUUUGGAUUUUGCAAUGAGUUUGCAUGUUGUGGCGGCGAUUUAUUGUAGUUUGGGAAGGUUUGAUGAGGCGAUUCCGGUUCUUGAGAGGGCUAUUAAGGUGCCGGAGGUGUCUAGAGGAGUGGAUCAUGCUUUAGCGGCUUUUUCUGGUUAUAUGCAGUUGGGAGAUACUCAUUCGAUGUUGGGACAGCUUGAGCAAUCGAUACAGUGCUAUAAAGAAGGGUUGAAUAUACAGACUGAAGCAUUGGGGGAUACAGAUCCGAGAGUUGCAGAAACCUGCAGAUACUUAGCCGAGGCUCAUGUUCAAGCUCUUCAAUUCGACGAGGCAGAAAUUUUAUCCAAAAGAACUCUCGAAAUUCACCGCAUCCAUAACUCACCUGCAUCUCUCGAGGAAGCAGCUGACCGAAGAUUGAUGGCCCUUAUAUGCGAGGCGAAAGGAGAUCUUGAGACAGCUCUUGAACAUCUAGUUCUCGCUAGUAUGGCAAUGAUAGCAAAUGGUCUAGAACACGAAGUUGCUUCAAUUGAUGUUGGCAUUGGCAAUAUAUACAUGUCCCUUUCACGUUUCGACGAAGCAGUCUUCUCCUAUCAGAAAGCACUAACCGUUUUCAAAUCUUCAAAGGGUGACAACCACCCUUCUGUUGCCUCUGUUUACGUAAGACUUGCGGAUCUAUAUUACAAAACAGGCAAGAUUCGCGAAUCCAAAUCCUACUGCGAAAAUGCACUUCGAAUAUAUGGAAAACCUGUCCCUGGAACAGCCACAGAAGAAAUUGCGAGUGGACUGACAGAAAUUUCGUCGAUUUAUGAAUCUUCUGAUGAACCAGAUGAGGCACUGAAGCUCUUGCAGAAGGCGAUGAAACUACUAGAGGACAAACCGGGGCAGCAAAGUACUAUUGCUGGUAUAGAAGCUAGGAUGGGUGUUAUGUUUUAUGUGAUUGGAAGGAAUGAAGAUGCUCGGAAUUCUUUUGAGAGUGCUGUGGCUAAACUUCGAGCUGGCGGUGAAAGGAAAUCUGCAUUCUUUGGCAUUUUAUUGAACCAAAUGGGCUUGGCUAGUGUUCAAUUGUUCAAGAUUGAUGAAGCAGUUGAGUUAUUUGAAGAAGCAAGAGAGGUCUUGGAAAAAGAAUGUGGACCAUGUCAUCAAGAUACUAUUGGAGUUUACAGCAAUCUUGCUGCAACUUAUGAUGCUAUGGGAAGAAUAGAAGAUGCAAUUGAGAUUUUGGAGCAUGUUAUGAAACUGAGAGAAGAGAAGCUUGGAACAGCAAAUCCAGAUUUUGAUGACGAAAAGAAAAGGCUAAAUGAGCUGCUGAAAGAAGCAGGCAGAUCGCGGAACAAGAAGGCGAAAUCGUUGGAGAACCUCAUCGAUCCCAACACUAAGAGGACUACUACCAGUAGUAGUAAUAAGAAGGAUUCGUCGAAGAAAUGGUCUGCAUUUGGAUUUAGAAGUUAAAAUUGGUUUUAUUUUUUCUUUCUUUAAUUCUUGUUCUUGUAAUGUAUAAUUUCAUUGUAUAGGUUUCUUCAUUCACUUUGGCUUUCCCUUUUGUGUGAGCUUUUGUUUGUUUUUAUUCACUAUUUGUUCUUUGAGUUAUGUUUGUGACUGAAAAUGUUCCACUCUGAAAAUUGACCUUUGAUUAUUUCU